CCCCAGUGCGCCUCGCGGGGCGGGACGUGGGUGGCGCGGGGUCGCUGCUGAUUGGGUCGGUGCGAGCCAAGGAGGAGUCCUACGGGAAGCUGAGGCGUGGGAGGACCCACGUGUAAGGAGGAGGAGGAAGAAGAGGACCAAGUGUUUCUGGCUAGAUACUUCAGGAGCCGCGACUUUUGGCGCAGCGUCAAGCGCGGGACCCUGCUGCGCAGUGGCUGCAAGCGGCAGUCCCAGCACCCACUCCAGCCUCUUCCUCCUCCAUGACGGCUCCUCCUCCUCCGGGGACUGGGAAGGUGAUGCUUCCCGGACCUCCAGACCGGCUCCAGUCGGGCCAAGUGGCCCCCAAGACCCUCCUGGUGACCCCCCUGGCCGUCCAAAGCCCCUCCGAUGCACGCGUGCCUCUGGGCCAGAUCCCUCCCCGGGUGGUGCCUUCCUCCGAGGAGACCUUGGCCCCCAAAGUGGCCUCCCAGGCCACCUCCGCCCUGCAGUUACCUGCCAACUUCCAGAUUGCACCCGGAACAGUUCUUGUCAGAAGUAAUACUGGUCAACUGAUAUUGGUGUCGCAGCAAGCACUAGUGCAAGCCCAAAGCCAGACCCAAAGUAAUGCAAGUGUAAGGUGGACAGUGCCCACACUUUCAUCUACAGUCAAACUACAGAAUCCACAGAACUCUGUAAGUCAAGUACUUAAAGUACUACCAGCUCCUGUUAAAACGGUGCCUCGGACAACUCAUCCCAUUAAGAAAUCUGUAAUCCAGUCAGUAUCAUCAACAAAAAGUAAUUCCACAAAUAUGAUGAUAAAAGGACCAUUGGCAAACCCUCCUGCUUUUGAUUUUCAUAUACAGCCUGUUGCUCCAAAGCCAGUUCCUGAUGCAGACAGUACAACAGUAGCACAGGCCAGCACUUCUGCAGAAAUGCUGGAAAAUGCGCAAAAGUGCAAAAACUUUCUUGCAACACUUAUAAAACUGGCAUCCAGUGGAGCUCAAGCACCCGAAAUGGGGCAGAAUGUGAAGAAUCUGGUAGAAAAUCUGUUGGAAGCUAAAAUUGAACCAGAAGAAUUUACGAAAAAGCUGUACAUUGAGCUGAAAUCUUCCCCGCAGCCAUGUCUUGUUCCCUUUCUUAAGAAAAGUGUGCGUGCCUUAAGGCAGCUCAUUCCAGACCCACAAACCUUUAUACAGCAGUGUCUCCAGCAAUCUGUACCAAGAACAGCUGCUUCUACUUGUGCGACUGCACUAUCAUCUGUUUCUGCAGUGGCUAACAGCACUCCCUUGACGUUCCAAUCUGCAAGGACGGUCCUUAGAACUUCAGUGGGAAUCUCCUCUCCCCAGACCUCUGUCCCAGUCCCCUGCACGUCUCUGGUGACAAGAGGAUCUGCUUCACUUCAGCUUGUCCAACCAGAUCACGCUUUGCCCUUGGGGACACUGUCUCUUCAAGGUGCCAAUUCUGUUCCCCCCACUCAACUGGCAGCAGAUAUAACCACUGUGAAGACUGUACAGCCAACCUCCUCUGUGGCAGUAGUGAAAACAAGUAACACUCUCCUUCCAAUUAUAAAGCCCAUGCCUACCCCUGUAGCAGUAUCUUCUGCUGCAUGUGCUGCUCUUAAUUCUGGAAAGGCAGUAUCACCAUCUGCUGUUGCAACAUCUCUUCAGGUGGGAAAGCCAGCUUUGACAUCUAGUGCUUUAACAACCUCCAGUAAGGCAGUUGCUACAACGCUCCCAGUCACUGGGAAACCAAUUGCAAUUAGAGUUGCCUAUCCCAAUUCUGUCAUUUCCCAACCUGCCCGGACUUCACAGCCUGUAACAGUGAAGCAGCUGAUUGUCCAGCAGGCAUCAGGAAACGCCGUGAAAAAAGUGAGCACACUUCAGCAGGCUUCUGCACUCUCUUCUGUGAACAAAGCAAGUGGGAAAAUGCCUUUAAAUACUGUUAUCCAUACUAACCAACUUCCUUCAGGUUGCAUUGUGAAACAAAUUACCCUGCCAGGAAACAAAAUUCUGUCGCUUCAAGCAUCUCCUGUUCAGAGAAAUAAAAUAAGAGCGAACGGAACAACAUCCUUCAGAGAUGAAGAUGAUAUCAAUGAUGUUACUUCUAUGGCUGGAGUCAAUCUGAGUGAAGAGAGUGCAUGCAUAUUGACAUCUCAUUCUGAAGCAGUUGGUUCAGUCAUCCAGUCUUGUCCUGAAGAACUCCUCCUUUCUUCAGAUGUACUACAGAAGAAGAUCAUAGAAAUAGGUAAAAAGCAUGGCAUUACGGAAGUUAAUUCGGAUGUUCUGAACUUGAUCUCCCAUGCUACACAGAAGAGAUUAAGAGGGCUUCUGGAGAAACUGACUGUAAUUGCUCAACAUCGCAUGGUGACCUAUAAGGAGAACGACAACUACACAGUAUCUAAUGAUACGCGGGCUCAACUUACAUUUCUUGAGCAGCUGGACCAGGUAGAGAAACAGAGAAAGGAUGAAGAAGAAAGAGAGAGGCUGCUCCGUGCAGCUAAGAGCCGUUCCAAUAAAGAAGAUCCGGAACAGCUGCGAUUAAAGCAGAAAGCAAAAGAGAUGCAGCAAUUAGAGUUUGCACAGAUGCAGCAAAGGGAAGCUAAUCUUGCAGCUCUGGCAGCUAUUGGGCCAAGAAAGAAGAGGACGCUGGAUUCCUCGAGCCUUGCCUCUGGACUGGAGGGUGUCAAUAGAUUAUCCAACCGUGUGAAGCUACCUCUUCAUCCAAGAAUGACACGCAUCUGCCUCAGGGACUUGAUCUUCUGUAUGGAACAAGAGAAGGGGAUGAAGCAUUCCUUAGCCUUGUACCGAGGUCUUUUGAAGUAACAGCUAUGCUUCUUUUGCAUUUCAACUUACCAUCAUUCCUUGACAAAGAAUACCUGCUUGUACUAUCCUGAAGUCUGUUCUGGAAAACAGUUAGUUGCAAUAAAUAGACUGUUCAGUGGACAGUGGAUCCAUGUUUGACUUUUGAAUGUCCUUUGAGACAAAUAGGUUUGGGUCCUAUUUAGUUUCUUGCCAAUCACAUUUGUCAAUAUAUCUGUCUGUAAUACUGUUCUCUGAAUAGUGUGCCUCUAGUAUUGUGGUUAGGAAAGAAGGGUAUGACGAAUGUAUUUAAUCAUGAACCAGCAGUCUGCCAAUUUGCCAGCAUAUUGCCUACAGGAUUCAACCACUCUAGAUGGCCUAGUUUUAGAGCUCUGUGGUAUAGUUGAAAGAGAAACCACUUGGGUGUAGGCCAAAGAAGUGCCAAAGUGAAAUCUAUAAUCUACUUUCGAUAAAGGAAGAAGCCCUACUGGCAUGGUUUGUGUUGCCAGUGCUCAGGACAGAUUUGGAGCUCUAUGAGCUAUGGGUCUUUAGAAAUAUUGUUUUCCAAAUAACCCAAUGGCAUCCCAUUGGAUGCAGUUAGCAAAUGGUGAAUGGUCCUUUAAUUUUCAGUAUAUAAAGUGGCUUAAGAUGCAUUUAAUUUUGCAUCAGUGUGUAGACUUUAAAGCAGGGAAUUCUCCUUGAUGAAUAUCAAGGUUAAAGACACACUCUGCUUUAUGCAAAAUAUAGGAUUGUUUGAUUUCUUUCUUCCAGUGUUACAGAGUGGGAAGAACAUAUUUAAGAAAUAUCAGGGAUUUAAUCACAAGACUUGGAAAUUAUUCUUAAAGGGGAUGGCAAUUAUACCCGGGGCAUAACUGUCUUGCCAAGAUCCCCAGGCUCCUUUCCUACAAGAAUCAAUGUAAAGAGAGCAGUUUGGUUGGCUAUUGAAAGCUUAAUCCACUUCCUAGCCUGUUUCAGGUCCAGAAUAGUCUCUCAUUUUUUUCAAAUCCAGAAGGAAACAUCUGGUCAUGUUUUUUGUUUUGUUUAGUUUUUGUUUUGGAAAAGGGACAGGUGCGGCCCUCCCAUGUCUCUGUGUUUGAGUGUGUGUAAAUAAGGUGGAGGCAGCUCCUAGGCCAUUGGCAGCUGUCUGCCCCUUUUUUGACUUCGGCUUUAUAGCAGAAGAAAGAAUUUGCUGUUGCACUUGGGAAAGAGCACAAAACUGUUCAGGGAAUCAAAGAAAUGGUUACGCUGCAUUUCAGAAGUUUCUGCUUAUUUCUUUAUCCCCAAUAGCUUUUGAAGGAGUUGGUUCUAAAGAUCCACGUGCAAUCAUAUUUAGCACUUUUCUACAAAACCUCCACUUUACUGUAUAUUUAAUGCGUUAGCAUAAGUGUGCAAUGGAAUGUGUAGGAAAGACAGCAACUGAAUGUAAUUAAAAUCUUUAUUUUUAAAGGUUCCUACAGCUUUUUGCUAUGCCAUUCUACAAAUAUAUUUAGCUGGGGGAGAAAACCGUGAAACUUUGAAACACCAGGACUGCUGACAGUAUUUUGGGUUUUUAAUCUAGCCAUGGUUUUCCUGUUAGGAAAAUUGAAAAUGAUGUUAAUUAAAACAAGGGCAGGCUCUAAGACUGUACUUUGGUUAGUGGAAUCCUAUAAAGGGUGAAGUAUGAUAUCUCUUUCCCAUUGACUUUCUAUGUGAAAAAUCUAUGCCAGAUUGUGAAUAAACCUUCUAGAGUGAAUUUUUGGACAGCUCUGGAUUACAUGGGAUGGGAGAGAAAAGAAGUAUUGAUGUUCUACUGAAUUGUAAUCCCAAUGCAGCAAAUUGAUCAUAAAUGCAUUUUAUAAAAUGGUUCUCCUGACUAUGAACCAUUAAACAGCAAAAUAUUGAUGGGAUCCAGAAAAAAUGUUUUUUAUUAUGAAUGCUUAUCUUUACUUUGUUUGUAAAGUGCAGCAUUUUGUUGUUGUUGUAUUCAGUUAUACUGAUAGAUGUUCUAAAUUUAUUUUAAAUACUGCAUUAAAGUAACUAUUUUAUUAAAAAAAAGGUUAAGAGUUUUUACUGUAUUAAAUAUAAAGAAGUGGCAUUAUUACCUAAACACUGUAUACUUAUCUGGAUGUUUUCUUAGUUCUUUCCAUUUAAUGUCGAGUUCUUCUUGGAGUUGUUUUGCCUCUGAGACAACAAAGGGGGUCUGAUUCAAACAGGUGAGACAGUUCCUGCUUCUUGGCAGGGGGUUGGAUGGUCUGAGAGAUCUCUUCCAACUCUAUGAUUCUAUGUGUAUCUAGGUAUCUGUGCUGAUUAUGAAUAAAUAUGGGAAUUGAGGGGGUCUAUUCAUUCCACAAAAAACAUAUCUUUGAAAGGUUGGAAACUAGCCCCUCUUUAUUUCCUCCCUUAAGUCAGGUGGUAGACCAUUCCCAAGCCGUCCUCCAUCCAUGCCUUGGCUGCAUAGCAUGCCCUUUGCCUCCAUAAUUUAAUGUUUCUACCUUUUUUGCUUCCAGUAUUGGAAUUGAUCUGGAGGAACCGUCUUAAAUUCUAAGCCUUGAAGCAAUGGAGGGCAGCAAGACACAGUGAUUGUGUUUUACUCCCUUCCUUCAUGUGCUUUUUCUGUAAUAAACAGACCUGCAGCCAUGUGUAAACAAACCCCAGGGCACACAUGACUUUACACAUGGUUGCACUCCACAUCUGGUUGGCCCUCAGACCUGCACUCAUCAUUCAGUUGACAAAGAACAUUAUCUUGAAACCAGAUUAAACAUCUGUGAGAUAAUUCCAUCAUAAAGCGAGCCAUUAAUUCCUGAGCUAGGGAGGACAGGGAAGUAGAGUGAAUUUAUCCCAAACAUAUCUGCUGACAAAAGGGAGGUACCUGCUGCGACUCUACAUAAUUUGAAACUCUAACCCUCCCUCUCAUCAGUGCCUUGGAUGAUGUAGUUCCUUGUGGAGAGAUACAGUAGUGUCUCCCAGUAUUCCUAGUGGAAAUAGAAUAACCUGACUUCAUUUGAUGCUCAGUGUGGGUAGAUCCCAAGGUUAAGUAAUUUCCUUACAGUUAUUGUUACACUUGAAUUACAGUCCUUGUUUAAUGUGCCUCCAAUUUUAAUUCAAGAAAGAAGUGCAGAUCUGCUGCCAGAAGUUGGGUAAGCAUAAGAAAACCUGCGUGGCCGGGUGUACCUUGGGAACACCCAUUGUUUCCACUGAGGUUAAUUGUAUUUUGGUUUGGCUGCAGAUCAUUUCAUGGUGUAACUUCCUUUAUAAUUAUCAACCCUCUUUUAAAUAAUGGAACUGAGUGAUUAUUUACAGUCUGAUAUUCAGAUAGAGAUGCCUAAUUUUCUCUGGAUUGAUUGCUGCAAUUUGAGAUGGUAACGCUUAACUUGUCUCUGAUAAGGAAACUAAUUAUUUAUUAAACUGGAUAUAUUGGGAACUAGAUUUACUUGGAACAACUGCAUUAUAUGUAAGUUAGGUUUGGCUUCCUAGUUUUGUUUGAUUAUAUGUCACAAAAUUCUAAACAUUUUAGAUCUGGCAAAUUGCAUGAUAACUAUUCUCUUGAGCACAAAUAAUAUUUCCACACAAGGCCAAGUUCCACUUCUUUUUGGGAUGACAUGGGUAAGAUGUUCAUUUCUGAAAUGUCUCCCAGAAUUGGUCUAUAAUCAAUACUUUACUUUUCAGUCACAGUACGUUCCGGUCAAAGUGUAAAGCUUUCCAGAAUAUCUGCUAUUAGUCAGCAUGGUUAUGAUUCAGAGUGUAAAAGUAACAUGUUUCAAAUAAUACUGUUAACUAUAAUGAAUUACUUUGGAGAUGAUAAGAAUGAAGUUAUAUUUCA